AUGACUUAUUUUAAGAAACCACCAAGCUUUCUUGUACAAGAUCCCAUUGACUAUUUUAGAAAAAUCACAUCAAAGCAAAAUAAUAGAUUAUUUGCGCUUGAAUUGCUUUUAAAUUAUACAGAUGACAAAGAAACUACAUUUCUAAAUGAUUCCCAACUUUAUUAAACUUAGUAUAAAGAAGUGAUUAGUGAUUACUUUGAUGAUUUUAUAAAAAGUUGCGGCGGAUACCAAUGCUUUAUUACUGGAGAGGAAUCGACUGGUCUCCUUAAAUUUGACAAUGGAAAUUUUUCAUUUGAUUAUCCAGACUAGGCCGUGGCGCUGAGAUUUAUUAAUUUAAACUUUAGCCCAGAUUCUAAGGAAAGAAAACUAAAAUUGGGAAUUCAACCAUAUUCCUAUAACUAUACAGAUGAUACCUUCUCGUUAAAAAGAAAAUUCCAAUUGGAAAACUACACAUACAUUCAAGAGUAUAACUUUAUAUAAGUGAUUGACCAGAGCACAUUAAAUAUACCAACUUUUAUAACUGUAUUUUAAAUGAAUCCUUAGUAAAAUGAUGUCGAAAUUUAUACAAUCAUACCAAAAAGCUUAUGGGAUGGAAUUUCUUAAAUAGGAUCCUUUUUUGGUUGGGUGGCCCUUGUAUCCUCUUUAAUAUUUUUGAUUAAUAGAAAACUAUUUAACCGCAGACUCUCCUAAAGAUUAAAAAAUAAAUAUGGAAGUAGUGGGAAUAUUGGCGAUAUUUAAGACAUUUAUGCUUUUGAAACAAUUCUAGAAUUAAAGCAGAGACUAAGAGAUUUCGAUGAAAAAUUUCAGCAAUUUGAAUUGUAGACUCUCAAUACUGCUGCAUCUUUUAAGGCUAAAAAUGCGGUAAAUGAAAUUACUUCUGAAUGA